AUGGCCCAAGCGAAGCCCCGAGCCGUCAAAGCGCAGACGAAGCGAAGGAGCCUCGCAGUGCUAGCCUUGGCGGGCACUGCAGCCGGCUUCUCCCGGGCACUCGCAGGCCCAGUGGGCUUGCAGACGCUGCGCAAGCGGUAUUUGGAGACCAAGUCGAUGCAGACGCUGCCGAAGCCAGGUGUACUGGCACCAUGGACCGACAUCGAGCGCGUCUUCACCAUUGUGCCCCACUCGUUGCGCCGGGACAUCGAGCAGCUGGAGUACCUGGUGUCCAGACAGGUCCUUGCUCCAGACCGGCAGCGGUUUGUAGAGGAGCAGGCUCUGCCAGAGUACAGGCGGCUGCUCCUGCAUGUCUUGGUGGCUGCUGGUGGGAAGGAUGCCUUCAUCGUCACACCUCCACAGCCGCAGUUCGGGCUCUAUUUCGCGUUGCAGGGCCGCGCGCUUCACCUGCACCCGGGCCAGCGCAUCCCCGGUGCCGCUGUGGCAGCAGAUCUGGCGUCAGUUCAUGAGGAGCUUCUGCACAAAGAGCACCGGGUAUGUGUGGUGGAUGACUUCUUUACGCCCGAUGCGUUGAAGGCGCUGCAGGACUAUCUGCUGGAAUCCACGAUUUGGUCACAGGUCAAGUUUGGUCAUGUGGGCACCUACCUCGACACGGGCUUCGCGUCGGACUUAGUCAGCCAAAUCGACGAGGAGCUGAGGCAGCAGCUGCCCAUUCUCAGCGACAAAGAGUUGCACAAUGCUUGGGCAUACAUGUAUGAUGGCUCCCUUGGAGGCAUAGACACUCAUGCAGACGACUGCCAAGUGCAGAUUAACUUCUUUGUCAGCCCCUCCUCGGCCAAUCUUUGGUCAGAGGAGGACUCGCUGCCCGCUGGAGGUCUGGUGCUUUACGGUGUCGGUCCGCCGGCGGACUGGAAUUACAGCGACUACAACAGCAUUGUGCAGAACCCCCAGAUCGAUGAGAUUCUACAGGCAAACAAUUACUGGAAUGUGACCAUCCCAUACAUCGAGAACCGCGCCGUUCUCUUUGACUCAACAUACUUCCACAAAACGGAUUGCAUGCGCUUCAAGAAGGGCUACACGAAUCGUCGCAUCAAUGUGACCUUCCUCUACGGCCACCGCAGGGCCUUGGUGCCAGCACCAGGUGUCUCACCGGAGGCUACGUCUGGCAGAGUGCCGAGGGAGCAAGAGGAGCUGCAGAAACGGCGGGAGCGCUGUUUCCGAGCUGGCCCGGUGACCUUGGACGACGAGGACUGGCGGUGGCUCGGCCAGGCGGUGCAGCGCCGUCUCAAGCGGAUAAAGAGCGAGGACUGGAUUGCGAGCGUGGAGGUCUUAGCCAGCGCAGCGGCCGAAGUGACGAUCUCCUUCGUCCUCUUCUCUGCUGAGGAGGUGUAUGUCGCGGAGGGCGAAGUGGGACCAGAUGCGCCUCUUGCAAUCGAGGCCCUGCGGGAGCGCUCCCUGCGCCCGUCCGGGGCCUUCGAACCCUGA